AUGGUGAAGGAUGGUAUUAUUGAACAUUCAUCUAGUCCAUGGUGUUCACCUGUGGUGCUGGUAAAGAAGAAGGACGGCAGCAUGCGGUUUUGUGUUGACUACCGCCGCCUGAACGACGUUACGAAGAAGGACAGCUAUCCCUUGCAAAGAAUUGAUGACACGCUGGACAUGCUUACAGGCGUAAAGUGGUUUAGUACGCUGGACCUGAAAAGUGGCUACUGGCAUGUUGAAAUUGACCCUAAGGACAAGGAGAAAACUGCAUUCUCCACAGGAAAGUGUCUGUAG